GGGGCGGGCGGAGCCGUGCGGCGGGCGGACCGGGCCGGGCCGGGGAGCCAUGGCGGGGCCGCUGCUGCAGGCCUGGGGGCUGGGGCUGGGCCGGGGGGCGGCCCUGAGGAGCCGUGCUGCCCUCCGGCCCCUCGGGCUGCUGGCUCCGCCGAGCCGGGACGUGGCGGGGACGGGGCCCCGGGAUGGCCCCGGGGAGGCGGCGUUGGAGGAGAACCCCUUCUACGGGAAGUAUCGCCACAAGAUCCAGGAGCUGCGCAGAGCCAGUCCAGAUGUAUUUGAAUCCCGUAUGGAAAAAAGAAAUGAAGUGAAAAAGCAGCCAGUGGGAUACUCCAAGCAAGCCGAGUUUGUCAGAUGUAUGGAAGAAAAGGCAGAAGGCUUGGGCACAAAGACAUCAAAGGGAGGAUUCACACGGGAUAAGACACUUGAUUCGAUUCUUAAUGUGGAGAUGGUGAAAGAAAAAUCAGCAGAGGAAAUAAAACAGAUUUGGAAUCAGUACUUUUCUGCAAAAGAUACAGUUUAUGCUGUUAUUCCUGCAGAGAAGUUCGAUUUGAUAUGGAAGAGAGCCCAGAAAUGUCCAUCGUUUCUGUACGCUUUGCCAAGAAAAGAAGGCUAUGAGUUCUUUGUGGGGCAGUGGUCAGGAGCGGAAUUGCACUUUACUUCUCUAAUAAAUGUUCAGACCCAAGGUGAAUCUGCUCCGAGCCAGCUGGUCUUGUACCAUUAUCCUGAGCUGCAGAAGGAAAAAGGAAUAGUACUAAUGACAGCAGAAAUGGACUCCAAGUUCUUGGUGGUCCACGAAGCCCAGUGCUUGGCGAAUCAGGUGCAGCUUUUCUAUGCAACGGAUCGUUCUGAGACCUAUGAAUUAGUGGAGACCUUCAACCACAGAUCUAACGAAUUUAAAUACAUGUCAGUUAUAGCAGAGCUUGAGCAAAGCGGACUUGGGAAAGCACUGAGACCUAGUCAGGUUUCUGACAAGUCAUAGAGACUGCAUGUGAAGCAAACCAGGAGCAAAGGGUUUCUUAGCUGGUUCCUGUCUCUACCAUUCCGUGGAGUUGGACUGGCUACAGGAGGGAUCUGGAGACAUCCUGGGAGCGUGAUUGUCAAGCCCGCCUGGCACCGAUACAAGCUGAGGACGUGGGUCACUUGAGCAGCGGUAACGAGUUGCCCAACUGGAGCACUGCACUUCAGUGUAACGUUGUCAGAAGGAGCUGUUUUCCCUUCCUGUAACUUAGCUGCUGCACGCUGUGUUUUUGAGAUCUGAAAUAAAAUGUCAGAAUGGGA